AUGAGCACUAAAUCUCAAUCGCCGGCCGGGUCGGAUCACAAGGGCCACGAGUCGGAAUACGCGGAAGAGAUUAAGAACCCAGGACUCGACGUUUUGUCACUUUCGCGUGCGGUCAGAGCAAGAAAAGCCGAGUACACGCGCCGACGAUCUAUCCGAGUCAAGGUCGGUACGUGGAAUGUAGCCGGCAUCUCCGGCACCGAGAAAGAUGUUGGAAAGUGGUUUGUUCAAGGAGACGGGGUGUGCCCGAAGUUCUCUGGGACAAACUACGCACGGGAGCCAGAAUCCCCUUCGCCCAACAAGCAUGAUCAGCAGAAAUCAGACGGCGACAAACAAGGAACAUUUCACUACAGUCCCGAAGAGAUAGACCUGUACGUCUUGGGUUUGCAAGAAGUGGUCGACAUCUCUUCCCCAACGGAAGCGCUCAGACCAUAUGUCGACCUGGCACCGUCCAAGCGUUGGAAGGAAGCAGUCGAAAAGGCGCUACCUGAAGGAUAUCAGUUAGUCUCCGAAGUCCAGUUGGUCGGCUUGUUGCUUCUGAUAUAUGCGUCGCCCGCCAUUGGAAACAGUAUUUCUUCUAUCAGUAGUACCUCUGUCGGCACGGGGCUGAUGGGAUACAUGGGAAACAAGGGCGCCGUAGCAACGCGUCUUGUCUUGGGCGAAACGACCCGUUUGGUCUUUAUCAACUGUCAUCUCGCAGCAGGGUCAGAUAAAGGCAGCUUGGAGCGGCGCAACUGGGACUCAUCUCAGAUUGUCCAGCGUGCUAGAUUCGACGCAGUUUGGUCCGAAGAUGAAUCAUCGGGUGAUUCGGGCGAAACAAUUGGAGAUGAAGAUUUCACGUUCUGGUUUGGUGACCUCAACUACCGCCUCGAUGAUAUCUCCGGUGACGACGUGCGCCAAGUCCUCACUCGGCAUACUAACAAUGAGUACGACAAAAGGCGCCAAGCAAAGCAGUCGUCAAGCGGUUCUGGGAACUCCGAGGCCGAUUCUGAUGAUGAGUCGCCUUCUUCUUCCCCCUCUGAAGAAGAGGAGACGGAGCUAGUUACCGACCCUGUGACUGACGAUGAGAUUGAUCCUCAUAACGACCCUGCGUCUCUUCAAACGACAAUUUCCUCACUCCUCCCGCAUGAUCAACUCAGACUCCAGCAGAGAAAAGGAGUAGCUUUUCACAAGGGUUGGCGGGAAGGCGACAUCACUUUCUUACCGACGUACAAAUACGAUGUUGGGAGUGUGGCCAUGUUUGAUUCGAGCGAGAAGCAGCGGGGUCCUAGCUGGUGUGAUCGAAUUCUGUUUCGCAGUCACCAGGAUAAGCUGAGACAUGAGAAGCUCGACCAGGAAGCGGAGGAGGCCCGAAAGAGGGACGAGGAGAUGAGGGCUAGCGGACUGGACAAGGCUGUUGCCGAUGAUAACGUCUUGUUUGAAUAUGACCCCGAUGCAGACGGUGUAAACAGCGAGGAGUACAUAUCAGACGAGGAUCAAGCCGCUGAUGAUGAUGAUGAUGAUGCAAUCACAGUUGCAUCGCUUGACUCUUCCCAUGAUCCAAUCCGCUUGGACCGUUAUGUGUCACACCAAGGCAUUCUUUCGUCGGACCACAAGCCUCUGGAUUCUGUCUUUACCUUGAGUUUUGAUGCAGUCAAUCGCGAACUCAAAACAAAGGUUCAUCAAGAAGUGGCCCGUGAAUUGGACAAGGCCGAGAACGAAGCUCGGCCGGAUCUUACCAUUGUGGUGGAUAAAUAUGGCGACCAAAAACACUUAGAUAAAGAUCCUGACACCGUCGAUUUUGGCGAUAUUGCCUUCGAUGUGCCAGCUCAUCGGUCCUUAACCAUUGCCAACACCAGUGGCACCGCAGCUACUUUUUCAUUUGCGGAACGGCCUAAUGUUGACGACAAGGCCAUUGCACAACCACCCUCAUGGCUUGUUAUGCACGUCUGCAAGUCUGCAGACAUCGCCCAUGACACUGGCCAAGCGAUGACUACUUCGUCUGAGAGCCACACUCUGCUCCCUGGGGAAGUAGCAAAUGUUGAUGUCACGGCUUACGUUCGCAGCAUUGAACACGUCCGGUUGCUUAAUAUUGGAAAGGUCAAACUAGAAGAAAUCAUAGUCCUUCAUGUCGAUGGCGGUCGCGACCACUUUAUCUCUGUUCACGGGCGUUGGUUACCCACCUGCUUCGGUUGCAGUGUCGACGAGUUGACUCGCAUGCCAGAAGCGGGUGCUCGAAGUUUGGCCGAAUCCGACACCCCUCAUCCAUCCAGCACAGAUGGUUCCAAGGCAAUCCGCUUGUCGGCACCCCGCGAACUUUUCCGUUUGACUGAGGCGAUCUCCGAGCUAACAGAGCGUGCUGUCGCAGAGUGGAGCAUGACAAAUGGUGAAUCCGAGGAACAUAAAGCUCCAUGGACAACGGAUCUCUCCGGGGGAGCAUGGCCAUUCCAGCCUGAUACAUGGACUCUAAAGGACCCACAGAAGCGUGCCGCGCUGCAAACUACUGUGCGUGAAGCCCUCGACACAAACAAGUCCCUCACCUCGAUAUUUGCUCCUGAGUUAUCCUCUCUCCAUCGGUUGGAGGUCCUAUCUGAAACCCUCCUCACUUUCCUCAACGCACUCCAAGAUGGCAUCGUCACCGCGAAAGUGUGGCAAGACAUGGAGCAGCAGAUAGUCGCGCGCGAGAAAAGCAAAUCCCCUCCCCGAAACUGGGAAGAAACCCAGGCCUGGGUGCUUGAGCAUCUGGCCUACUCACCAGCACACAGCGUGUCAUUCACGUUUGUCACUUUUAUGCUCGCCCGCAUCGCCAAUGAAGUAGCUCCGGUAUCGUCCGGUACACCGUUGCUCCCAUUAUCCAAACAAGGAAAGCACAUUGUCGACAAAGAGCCGGUAGAUAAGCAGGCUGAAACUACAACCCAGGAUCAAACUCAAUCUCCUACUCCUGCUUCCGCCACUGCCUUCAUAACCAGCGGCAGUUUCCGCCGCAAGAAUCGCUCCACGAGCACAUCCGCUGGCACCAGCCCUGACUACACCAGUCAGAACCCUUCCAUAGCACGCCGGCAAGCAGUCGAGACUGCUUUAGCAUCCAUCUUUUCACCCGUGCUUAUUUCUGCCUCUGCUCCACUACCGCCCAAAGAGAAAGAGCGUCGUAUAUCUGAAGAGCGGAGGCGAUCAAUCGUUGAGCCAUUCUUAAAGAUGGUUGCAGUUGAUGAUCGAGGUCCAUCUGGGGGUCGGCCUUGA